CGGGUAUUGUCUUGCGACAUGCUCAAAAAGGUGGCGAUUUGUCAUAACCGCUCAGUUUGCUGUCGACGGCGGACGCUUCUAUGGACAAACACCCAGCAAAAACCCUUGCCCCCACAACACGCGGGCUGCAUCACAGUCAGCAGGCAGGCAGGCAGGCAGGCAUGAUGCUCAUCCAUUCCGACAGCCACCUGUCUGUCAUCCAACUAUAUAUAUGUACCAGAAAGUGUGUGUCCAUCCAUCCUUCCACAACUGCAACGAGCCAUCACACAAACGGCUCCUUGCAGUGGUGGGUGGCGAAGCUUCGCAGGCACACGAUAGAUACCCAGACACGCACAGCCAGACGCCCAAAAGGACGCUGCAUCGGAUAGAUUCGUUGGCGUAGGUACGGAGGAUAAGGCUAGCGCAAGGCUAGGCUGGGACUGGCAGGUGUGUGUGUGUGUAAACGUGCAUCUCUCUCUCUCUGUUGUCUCGCGUGGGCUGCAUGUCUGUCGUGCGUGAGGUGCUGGUGGCCAAGGCAUUGGGUACGUCCACAACAUUCCCAUUUCACUCACGUACGCCGAAAACAGACAGACAGGCGAAAAAGAAGACACCACCCCACGACAACCAAUCCCUGACGGCAGCCCCUCCGUGCGUAUGUGUGUGUCUGUCUGUACACGUGGGUACGUGCGUUGAGUUCCCGACCCGUUUGUGAGCAGAGUGACCGCACCAGCCAGACGAUACAAAACGACACUCACACAUCCGAUGGGAGCAGACAGGCAGACAGGCAGGCAGGCAGGCAAACGCGACAAUAGAAUGAGUUGACAGGCAGGUAGGCAGGUAGGCAGGAAGGGCAGACGAUGUGAUCAGAGAGAAGGAGAGAAGAAGAGAGAGGGGAAAAGGUCAGUGUGCUACGCGGCAUUCAAGCAGAGGGGGCAGUGCUGAGUAGCACAUUCCCUGGGAAAUGACAGGCUAGAGAGACUAGAGAGAGAGGGGACAAGCCGCUUACACACAUACAAUACAGACAGUAGAGAAACACACUACAAAAGUCCAUCCAUCCAUCCAUCACUGCACAAGGCGACGGGAAAAAAACAAGUGCGGACGGCGUACACAACAUUCGAUUACGCACACCUCGCCCAGCCACACCGCAUGACAGCAGGGGAGAGAGAGAGAGAGAGAAUAUAUGGGUUGCUUGCCAGCCAGCCGUCUAUCCGAACAGGCCUGCUCCCCCAAGGCUGGUGGGCUGGAUGGCCUGAUCAUGGACAUGAAUCUGUCAGCCAUGAUCAUCGUCCGUUCGUGUGGGCUGCACACCUGGUGUUUCGACCAAGUAGGCGGGGGCCAGUGAGGGUCGGUAUCGCUCCUGUACACGAGAGUGGCGGAGAAGAUUGCCUGCAUGAAGAGAAGGCACCACGCACACACCUGCCUGUAUGCCGCUUCGCUGUCUUUGGGUUUGGGUGUCGUGUCGCUGGCCUACCAGGGAAGUGAGUUGCGGGUGGCAAUAAGGCCCACGAGGCGUCCGUAGUGCAUCGUCCUUCUCCUCUGCCCCCGACCUCAAGUCCUUCUCGGCCACCAUUGCCACAGCACUAAGGGCCUCCACCAGAUCGGCAGUCGGUUGGUCCUCGAUUGCCGGACCAGCAGUGUCCUUGCUGUCGGUGGUGGUCUUGAUGGUGCUUAGGGCGAAAGGUGGGGCGGUGGACGAUGUUGGAGGGAUGAUGGUGAGGUGAAAAGCGACUGAAUCAGACAGCAAGUCCACUCCUGCACGACAAGCACAGCAACCGAUCGAACAAUGAACGUCAUCCAUCCCUCAAUGCACUUGUGCGGAUGGACUCUUCUGCUGUGGUCAAUCGCUCACCGACUAGGGAUCUGUCUGCACGGCACGGCAGACACAUUGGCGUGAGCAGACACACGAAGGGAAACUACACAUGGUCACACAGGGGUAUGGGGUGCGGCCUCACGAUGGCUUCCUCUCUUACGUGUGUAUAUGCCUAUCUGUGUGUGUGUGUGUGUUGGGGGUCUGUCUGUCUGUCUGUCCGUCUGUCUGUGUGUAUGAAAUGAUGGCUGCGCUGCC